CGAUCCUUAGCUAGCGCAUGCGCUGUGGGUAAGCAUUGACGAAUUUUGUCAACAUGGCGAAGAAACACUCACCUAUAAAUCUGUCGAAACUGCUACUAAUACAGAGUUUUAUCUUGCUAAUAUUCAAUGGAAGGAAUUCAUCUGCGUGCACCGUUGGAAGCUUUGAUUUAACCAAUAUCCAGACUUGGGGCACAUGGACAGCUCAAACCACAGUGGACGGCACAGCAAGUACAUUCUAUCUGAACCUGUGUGAGAAUGUUGCCUCAAGCCCUGGCUCUCCGGGCUGCGACACGACUGUCUCGUCUUGCUUGAAGCAGGGAGAUGCUUUUACAAAUGUCGGAAACCACAAUGACACCCUGCAGCUUACAAUUAACGAAAACACAGGAGGAUUUCGUCUGGACUACAGGGGAAGCGUUUGCAACGUGACGGAAAAGUACCAGACAACCAUAGAUUUCAAAUGUGGCACCACAUUGGGCUCACCAAAUUUCUUGGAGAAGUCUGGCUGCACCUAUUUCUUUGAAUGGUACAGCACAGUGGCAUGCAGCAGCGUUAAUGGUCCAGCGCUCAACGAGGUCCCGUGCUCCAUCUAUGAUUCGAAAGGAAAGGAGCGUGACCUUUCACCCCUGAUCAAACUGAAGGGGGGCUACCUGGUGGAGUCUCCUGAUGCUGAUGAUCUUUACAUCAAUGUAUGCAGGGACAUCACUGCAGAUACCAGUGGUCCAACCGCCGGGUGUCCAGCUGGAUCUGCAGGCUGUCUGGUCAAGAAGGGUCUGUCAGUGGGAAUGGGUACACCCCACCUUAAACUGGAGAGCCUCUCCGAUGAUGAGCUCAAGCUUCACUAUGGGGGAGCGGGGGUCCUGGACUCGUGCAACGGUUUUGUUCCCUCCGUGACUGUGGUGUUUAUGUGUCCUCGGGAGCAGGGCAGGUUUGCUGCGACCCGUGGCCCAAUUCAGCUGUCCAGCACAAAUUGCCAGUACCAGAUACAGUGGCAGACAGAGUAUGCUUGUGAGGUAGAUAUGCUUAGUACAGACACGUGUGCCUUCAACUCGCCAACGCAUGGCAUCGACUUUGACCUUUCACCUCUCACCAAACCAGAUGGGGAAUUCUACCUAAUAGAAAGUGAUCCAGACUACUACUUCUACAUCAAUAUAUGCGCUGAUAUGACUGCCUUUGCUAAUUGUGAGGGUAUGGCAGUUUGCCAGGUAGCCAGGCUUAAUACUGUAGUGGGUACUUCAGCAGGGCGCAACAGUAAUCAUGAAUUAAGGUAUUCCGAUGGAGAACUGUCCCUUAUCUACAAAGGUGGGGAUGUGUGUAAUCAUAACAAGUUUCAGAGGACCUCUGUGAUCUCUUUUCAAUGCAAUAAAACCAAAGAUCUUGGUCAGCCAGAGUUUGUAACCGAGACAGAGUGUACCUACUUCUUCCAAUGGCAGACCAAGUACGCCUGCAUGGCAGACGCUCCCUCGCCCACAUCCUGCAGGCUGGCCAACGGCAAACAGCGCUAUGACCUUUCAUCCCUGGCUAGGAAAACCGGUUCUAACUGGCUUGUACUGGAUGGGAGGCACUCUCACUCAGAGACAACCGAGAGCGAGUACUUCAUCAAUGUCUGCUCUGAAGUCGUACAAGGGGAUGCGGCCUCAGAGGGAUGUCCUCAAGGAUCUUCGGCCUGCGUUGUAGAUACUGUUGGCACCACAAAGACAGGGAAAAGCCUUGGUAAAUAUUUGACAUCUCCAGUCUUGCAGAAUAAUCUUAUCACCAUGAGUUACACCGAGGGAGAUGUAUGCAAAGGCACCACCAAAAAACGAACUGAUAUCACCUUUCUAUGUAGUCCAGGUGACUUGGAGAGCGCUCCCAUCCUUGUGCGGAAAUCAGACGAUGGCUGUCAGUAUGAUAUGGAGUGGCAUACAGCGGCAGCUUGUCCUCUGGCCAGUAAAUGGGGAACAGACUGUAGGGUGUUUGAUGAUGAUGCAGGCGUGUCAUUUGAUCUGAGUCCUCUGAAGAAAGCAGACGGACAUUACAAAGUUUCUGUUGGAGAAUAUGAUUACUACAUCAACGUCUGCAGUGAUAUCAAACUGAGUCCAUGUAACGAUGCGAGCCAUACCCUGCCACAUCCCGCAGCCUGCCAGGCCAGAAAAGAUGCGAGUGGUGUAUCGUACGUCCUUGGGCAGACCAACACAUCCCUAGGUUACUUUGACGGUAUCAUCAAGCUGACCUACCUCAACGGCAAACCAUACAACUCAAAUGGUGGAACUGUCACAGCAAGAAUGACUGAGAUCGCCUUUUUGUGUGACCCGGAAGCGGGCGUCGGCACCCCGCAAUUCUUCCAGGAGAACAACGCCACCUAUUUCUUCCGAUGGAACACCAAGUACGCUUGCCCACAGCCCCCCAUCGAGUGUGUAGUGACUGACGAAGCUAACAGUGAACAGUAUGACCUCUCAAGUCUUUCAAAAGCUUUAGAGGAGGAGAACUGGUCUUUCGUGGAUGAGAGGGACGUGGCAAAUCGUAAGAAGUACUACAUCAAUGUCUGCCGGCCCAUCAAUCCUCAUGCUGACUGUGGAGCCUUUGCUGGGGUCUGCCAAACAGGAUUUACAACAAGCGAUCAACAAACAUCAGAGACUGCCUUGAUACCAAACUUAGGUGUCCCCAAAUCACCUCCCACGAUAGAAAGCAGCGGCCAUCUUUUGUUGACGUACCAGAAUGGCAGCGAUUGUGGGGAAAACAAACAGAUUACCAGCCACAUACACUUUGCCUGUAACAAAGGAACACUUGCCAGCACCCCUCGAUUGCUAGAAGUGGUAGAUUCCUGCACAUACAGUUUCCUAUGGGAGACAGAGGCGGCCUGUCCCAUUGGUGUGUCAACGGGGGAGAAUUGCACAGUGAGGGACUCCAAUUCAGAUUAUGUCUUCAACCUGCAGCCCCUCAUUAAACAAGAAGGAUAUCAAGUGUUUGGCCCAACCAAUGAAGUAUUCAAGCUCAAUGUGUGUGGAGCAGUCCCAGUCCCAUCAUGCCCUGCUGGUUCAGGUUCAUGUCUGUCGCCCACCUUGUCGCUAGGCAGCGCAUCGUCCACGCUCAUCUUCUCAGACGAAGGUCUCUUGACCCUGGAGUAUACAGGAGGGACCUUUAACCCACAGACAGCUCAAUAUCCCUCGACGGUGAUAUCCUUCCUCUGUCGACGCAAUGCCUCCCAGACCUCCCCCAGUCCCGUCUUCGUCCGUCAGGAGGGGUCGCGCUACAUCUUCAACUUUGAGACUCCGCUCGCUUGUCUCCCUGAGUCUGUGGACUGCCUUAUCUCUGACAGCAAUGGAAACCAGUACGACCUUUCACCCCUGGCAAAGGAUUCUGGGAACUGGGAGGCGGUAGACACGAGGCAAAACUACAACGGGUUGAGCUACCAUAUCAAUGUGUGCAGGCCGAUUAACAAAGGGGAUCCAGCUACUAGUUCAUGCCCAGGUGGACCGAUUGGUGCAUGCCAGAUCAGUGAAAGUGACAACAGUGCAUACAACCUGGGCUACGUUCAAGCUAUGCCCGAAGCCGCCACAGAUGGCGCUCUCAGCCUGCGUUACGUGAACGGGGACAUCUGCCACGCCAAGUUCCACCGCAGCACUCGUAUCAACUUUGAAUGCUCCGAUACUCCAGGGUCACCUGUGUUCCAGACUGAGUCUGCAGAGUGUGAGUACCUCUUCUCAUGGGAAACACCAGCAGCCUGUCCAUUGAAAAGAGUGACCGGUCAAGGGAACUGCACAGUCCGGGUACCUGAAUUUGGUUUCCAGUUCAACUUGUCCUCGCUCUACAACAAAACCCACGACUACACAGUGACCUCCACAGAGCAUGAAUACACCAUCAACGUCUGCGGCCCUCUAUCAACCACGAUGGGAGAGUGUGCCUCGUCCGAUGGGGUCGCGGCGUGUCAGAAGCUGCAAGAUGGAACCUACAAGAACGCAGGUGUUUUCAACAAGAACCUGACAUACGCCAAUGGAGUACUCAAGCUGAACUACACGACCGGUUCAGUAUGUCAUACUGUCUAUAAGAGAUCAACAGCCAUCAACUUCUACUGUGAUGAAAAUGUGAUUGGUAAGGGGGAACCCCACUACAUUCAGGAGACCUCUGACUGUACGUAUAUCUUUGAGUGGGCCACGCCCCUUGCCUGCCCCCCUUUCAAGGUGGUGGAAUGCAGCUACCGGGACGGAACCAGUCAGUACGACCUGGCCCCGCUCUCCAAGAUGACCGAUAACUACAGGGUGAAUGCAGCAGGGAAUAACCUAGAUGGUGAUGCCUAUUUCAUCAAUGUCUGCAGGUCGCUGUGGCACAGGCAAGGAGCACAAGGAGAGUUUUGUCCAAACAAUGCUGCUGCUUGUCUCCAAACUGUUGAUUCUACUGGAAAGAAAAGUUACAUCAGCUUAGGUGAGGUUGGUCAAGGGCCGACCAUGGAGAAUGGACAUCUUGUUCUUCGCUAUGAGUCUGGUGCUACGUGCCCCGAUAAGACAGGCAGGAAACGUACCACUGUCAUUAACAUCCAGUGUGAUAAGAAUUCAGUGGGGACCGCACCAAUGCUUGACCACGUCGACGGGGACUGUCAAUACCAUUUCCUAUGGUUGAGCAACUAUGCAUGUGACAUUACAGAAGACAUUGUGAAACCAAAAGGGGAUUGUACUGCUAUGAAUCCCAUAUCAGGGUUCCGUUUUGACUUCAACUCUUUGAAGAAGCAGGCUGGAUACACCGUGAUGGGCAGUGACAGCCAUAAAUACGUGAUCAAUGUUUGUGAUGCCCUUGCAAGCUCAGUGUGUGAUGGAAGCAAUAUCGGAUCAUGCCAAGAGGAACUUGUUGUGCAGGGAAACCACUUCAACGCCGGCGUCUUCAACAAGAAUCUUUUCUUUGAUGACAGCAUCCUCUUCCUGCGCUAUGAUUUUGGCCAUGCCUGCCAUAACAACCACUUCAAUAGGAGCAGUGUCAUCAAUUUUGUUUGUCCCCAUCAGAAGGAUACGGUGGGAGAGCCGGUGUUCAUUGCAGAAUCGGACGACUGCACGUACUACUUCUCCUGGCACACCUCCCUAGCCUGCGAGAAAUUUAUCCAAUGCAGUGUGGUGAAUGGGUCAGACACCAUCAGCUUGGCACCCCUGAUCAACGACCAGGGCUAUCAUCUUGCCACUACCCUCUUGGGUGACGGCAGCCUGACCUACAUCAACCUGUGCCGACCUUUGAACCCUAUCCCUGGCCUGACCUGUCACCCCAACUCGGCGGCUUGCCAGGUCAAAGGAGGAGACCCUGUGAAUCUUGGCAGAGUAUCGGAGGGACCUAAGAUCGGAGCGGACGGCAGACUGAGCAUCACAUACACACAGGGAGAUCAUUGCUCCUCAGACGGCACAAAGAACGUCUCAUCAGUCAUUAAGUUCUUCUGCAAGCAAGGAGUAACUCAGGGAACCCCAACCCUGGAGUUCAUUGAGGACUGCAUCUAUCAGUUCACCUGGGGGACCAACGUUGUGUGCCCAGCCACCGCUCCGGAGAGUGACCACGACUGCACCUUCUUCAACACGGCCCUCCAGUACAGAUUUGACUUCACUGCUCUCUCUAAGGAAAACCAAGCAGUUGUUGCCUCAUCGGCUAAGACCAUGAAGCUGAAGCUAUGCGGUCUGUCAUCAGACCAAUCAGGGGAGUGCAAGGGGGCAGCCAUCUGUCUUCAGGCGGGGCAGGACAAGUACUCCCUAGGGCAGCUGUCCACCCAGACCAUUAGUCAGGAGGAAGAGAUCUUCAAAGUGGAAUACACAGGCGGGUCUACGUGCCCUUCAUCUGAGGGUAAGAAGAGGCAGACCACCAUAAUACUUAGCUGUGAUCCGAAACCUAGUAAAACAUCGCCUACCUUCUUUUCUUCCGAUGAAAACUGUCAUUACUCAUUCCACUGGGCGACUGCUGCUGCGUGCCCUGCUGAUACCAGACCAUGUGACCUUGCAUACCAGGGCAACGUCUAUGACCUUUCACCUCUCUCUCAGAUCACCGGCAGCUUCCAGUUCCAGGAUAGCAGUAAGAAUAUGUAUUACAUGAAUCUAUGUCAGCCAGCAUACGGGACCCCUGAAGACUGCCCUCCAGAGGCCAGCAUGUGUCGUCAGAGACCCGAUGGUCAGGUGGACGUCCUGGGAAUGGUCAGAACUCAGCAGCUGACCGCUAAAGGAGAUGUUCCAGAUAUUGAAGUGACCUUUUUUGAAGGUUCCCAGGUUGAUGACUGCGGUAGUCCAGAUCAGCCAGAUUCUCCAUCAAUUCCAGCUUCUUCAUCCAUUACUUUCAAGUGUGCCAACAAAAUGGGAAACCCAUUGUUUCAAAGGACUGAGCUCAUUGAUAACAAGUGCCAAUUCCAGUUUCUAUGGGAGUCUAAGGUAGCCUGCAAGGAACAAAGAGUGCCUGUAACAUUAGUAGAAAAGAAGAUCACAGACCCUGAGACCAACGUCGUCAUGGAUUUCACUGAGAUCAUAGACCACGGAACAUGGGAAGCACGAGGUGAUAACCGCAAAGAGGUCACAGGAGAUCCUUCAUCGUACGUCUACUCCAUCAACAUGAACGACAACCAGGACAAUGUCCCGGGCGACGUCAGUCACGUCUGUCAGGACUCUGCCGUCUGCCAGACCAAAGAGUCGGACCAACAGUUCUUUAGGGACGUAGGAACAAGAUCCAGCAGGAAGUUCUUCAUAGAAGAUGAAUUAGUGGAGAUGGAAGUCACCAAACCUAAGAGCUGUGGAAAAGAUAAUACAGAAGAUGUGGUCACAACAGUCAUAUUCCAGUGUGAAACAGACUCCAAAAAUGGCAACCCUGAGUUUUACUACGAAUCUAGUAAUUGCCAAUAUUACUUCUUAUGGUUGACGUCUGUUGUGUGUACAGAAGGAAAAAUAGUAAUAGUUCCUGAUGAUGGCGGAGGCGAUGAUACAGUGGGCACCUCUAACCACAAGCAAGCUUCAAUUAUCAUCUUGAUUUUAAUCAUCAUCAUCAUUUUAUGCAGUCUAGCGAUAGUGUUUCAUAAAAAAGAAAGAAGAUCUGCUGUUUAUUGGAGAGUAAGGAGUUGCUGUCCCGGAGCCUAUUCUAAAGUUCCAACUUAUUCUUAUUCUCAGCUUACAAAUGGAGAUCCGGAAGAGUCAAACGAUUCCAGAUCUCUGUUUGCUGGCCAAGAAGACGAAGAAUUACUAACAGCAACAAGGAGAAAUCCCUUUGAAUUCCAUGAUGACAGUGAUGAUGAUAUCUUGCCACACGUAUAGGACAAAAAGAUGAUCUUAUCUAUUAAUCGUAUAAAUUAUUUUCUAUAAAUUUUUGGUGUUAGUGGAAUGGAGAUGAGGGGUGAGCUGAGAGACAUUUGAAUGAAGAAAGAAAGGACUUCAUGUAGAAAGUGUGCCGAUCUUGGUUCUGUUUUGAUUACAAUUUGUUAUCAUGCUACGUGAGCCGUGCUGUUUCACGUCAUAUUGAGGGUGUAUUUUUUUAUAUAAGUUUUCUCUGAGAUUCUGCGGGAUUUGUGAAAAAGAGAGAUUGAGAUGAAAUAUAUGAUUAUCUUGUUUCGCUCAGAUAUCACUUACUUUUGAUGAAAUAAUGAUGAUGUAUUUAAAUGUUAUGUAACUGAGAUUACAACAAAAUGAUUGAUACAUUUUUUGUUAAUACUGAUUAUUUGUAAAGAAAUAAGAAAGAAAGUUUACAACUCAGAAAGAGAUGAAAAGGAAGGUUUGUGGUUAUAGUAUUUCAAUAGAGAUGAAUUUAUAUCAUUAUAUAUGCUUACUUUGCCUCUGAAUGUCUUAGCAGCUUUCGGAUGAAUGUAUGUAUGGGCGUUUUGCAUGGUAUGUGAUGUUGAUCACAUACAAUUUGGAAAAGAUUAUUUAUAACUUUUUGUAACAUUCUUUCAUGUUGCUAAAUAAUGUUGAUUACACAAGAUGUGUAAAUAUUGCUUUGAAUGUUUCUGUAAUGAUUAUGAUGUCAUACAAUUUGAGAAGUUUGUGCAAUCAAAUAUAUAAAUGUACCAGUAUUUAGAUUUGAGCUCAUCUUGAGGUCUGCAAGUUUCAAAAAAACAUUCUUACAGAGUCUUACGAAAAUCUAACUAAUUUUGCAGGACAGCGAAUGAAUGAUAUAUACAUGUACAACAUAGUUGGAUGACCACCUCUCUAUAAAUGCCGCCUGUCUAUAGCGGCCAUGCGUUUUGUAUCCCUCAAGCGAGAAAUGUGUGUUUCAGAACCUGUCUAGAAAGGCCCUUGGGUGGCCUAAUAAUAGACAGGUUUGACUGUAAUAAUCAGCAAAGAAAAGCAAGUGAUCUAAACCAGUAUAUAACUUGCGGCUGCGUACAGAACGCUGAUCUUUGAAUAUCAUUUCCUGUAAGUUUUUAUUUGUUGAUAUUUUGCCGGUCUUUGCAAGUCAUCCGCAUUUACCGCUUGAUAAAUGUAUUAUACAUGUAGUUCUCAAAUUAAUGCAAAGCAGUUUCUCUCAAAAUGCAAUCACCACAACUCAACUUUAAUGAUAGUAGCAGCAUAUGAUAUCCACUGUGAUUGGUAAGGCGAUGCAUAAUCAUGAGAUUAUAAUCAAAAUUAUGAUUAUUCUUUUCUUCUCUCAUUUUGUGUCCAGCUCAAAUGGUGAUAACUCUAAUACAGGAUAUUAGAUAAAUCCUUUACAGCAGCAUGUUAACUGCAAUUUUUAUUGAAACUGUUAUUACUUCUAUGCCAUUGAGUUCAGAAACAAUAAGGGAGUUUACAGAUAGCACAUGGUACAAAUGACCCUAAAUAUCCACAGAUCUUUUACACGUGGAGAAGUUCCACUUUGAGCAUCUUAGAA